AUGGAGCCCGGGCAUGGGCAAACUGCUGCCGCCUACUGUGGACGAGGACAAGUAGAGAUCGAGGAUGAGGAGGAUGAUGAAGAUUUGACACCUCGAAUAGGCAUGGAUUCGGACGACGAUGAUAAUUCCGAGCAAAGAUUCAUUCGGCAGGCACUCGGAUCGAUUCCUUCGAUGCCAAAGCACUUGAGGUCUCCGAAGCACAACGGAACGACUUUGAGUCUUGUAUUUGAUUCUACAGAAAUGGAUUUGAAGAUUGGUGGAGGAGAUAGUAACACACAAGAGGGGGAGUUGGGGUUGAAGGAAAAGGAUGUGGGAAGUAUUAGUAGUAAAGAUAUGUUUUUCAGAGCAGAUAAGAUUGAUUUCCAGAGUUGGGAUUUACAAUUGGAGAAACACUUGAGUUGGGGUGAGGAUGGUAUUGCCACAGCUGCUGAAACUGUUGCUCUUCGGGUAUCGUUUCGGCAAGAGGUGGCUGUUUGGCAUAAACGUGACCAUCCAAAUGUUACAAAGUUCAUUGGAGCUUCUAUGGGAACAUCAAAUCUUAAGAUUUCUUCCGACAACACUUCAAGCGAUGCUCAUAAUUCCCUUCCCUCUCGAGCUUGUGGUGUUGUUGUUGAAUACCUUCCCGGUGGAACACUAAAGAAAUACUUAAUUAGGAAUUGGAGAAAGAAACUUGCCCUUGGGGUUGUGAUUCAACUUGCUUUGGACCUUUCUAGAGGUUUGAGCUAUCUUCACUCGAGCAGGACCCUCCUAGAGCCUUAUUUUGUUGAUUUAAAAUAAUUAUGGUUUGUUAAAUAGUGAUGAAGUUCUGGUUUGGAAGAUGCUCAGUGUGUUUGUUUUGGUUUCCCUCUUUCCCAUAAUGGCUGAUUCUUUCUAAGUAAUAUUUUUGUAAUUUCUUUCUUCAUUCAGUUGCUAUUAAUCAUGGAGAAAUUGAUGAUUUUACUGUGGCACGAAUGAUUUUAUCUGGAGAGUUAAAUAGUGAUGAAAUUUGUGUUAUCCUAUAAGUAUAUUCAUUGUCAAGAUGUUUAUAAUAUCUAACUGUUACUUAGUUGAGUAAAUUAUUUGAUGGUAACAAGAAGGUACAUGUUGCAAAUUUAGUUAAUAAGUGAUUGGAUUUAGUUAUACAUAUGAGAAAUAUUAACAUAUAAUAUUAAUGUAAAUCAACUUAGUAGUUAAAUUUUUAUAUUUUUUUUAUAAUUAAAAUAUCAACAUAUAAUUAUAUUGUCAUUAAUUAUUUUUAUUUUUUGUUUUCAGAUAUUUUUGGAGUAGGAGUUUGCUUCUUGUGGAGUGCAGGCGUGUGAAGAAUGUGACUAAUUUUUGUUUUUGUUACCCAUGGAAUAAUCAUGAGGAAAACUUUUGUUGAUUUACAUUAUUUUGAAUUGUGAA